AUGGCUGACGAGAACCGCACGGCCCUGACGGAGUUCCUCCUUCUCAGUUUCUCCGACUUCCCGGACCUGCGAACCCCCCUCUUCAGCGGAGUGCUGGCCGCCUACCUGGCCACCCUUCUGGGCAACGCGCUCAUCAUCCGCGUCACGCUGGUCGACCGUGCGCUCCACUCUCCCAUGUACUUCCUGCUGCGCCACUUGUCGUUCCUCGAGAUCCUCUACACCACGGAUGUGGUGCCCAAGACACUGGUCGACCUGCUGGCCCUCCGACCGGCCAUCUCCUUCGGCGGCUGUGCAGCCCAGAUGUUCUUCUUCAUCGUCCUGGGCAUCACCGAAUGCUGCCUGCUGACCGCCAUGGCCUACGACCGCUACGUCGCCAUCUGCCGUCCUCUCCACUACCCUCGGCUACUCAGUCGGCCGGCCUGCCUGCGCCUAGUGGGGACCUCCUGGGUCCUGGGGGUCCUUACGGCCUCCACCCACACCUCCCUCAUCUUCUCCCUGCCUUUCCGCGGGACCCCUACCAUCCACCACUUCCUGUGUGACAUUCUGCCCGUGCUGCGUCUGGCCGGAUCUGGUCGGCAGCACAGCGAGGCCUCCGUGCUAGCAGCCACCGUGGUAUUCAUCCUGGCCCCUUUCUCCCUAAUCGUCGCCUCUUACGCCCGCAUUGCCGCCGCCAUCCUCCGCCUGGCCUCGUCCUCGGGCCGCCGCCGGGCCUUCUCCACCUGCUCCUCGCACCUCCUGGCCGUCUCGCUCUUCUUCCUCACCACCAGCGUCACCUACCUCCGGCCGCGGGCCUCCUCCUCUGUCGCCACCGACAGGGUGCUAAGUCUCUUCUACACCGUGGUCACCCCCAUGCUCAACCCUGUCAUCUACACCCUCAGGAACAAAGAGGUGGUGGGAGCCUUGGACCGCAUGUUGAGGAAGCAGAGGCCGGGGGUCGGGUGGGGAGGUGCUCUCUUGGCUCUCUCCUCUCGAGGGUUUUGA